UACUGAAGUGAAGGAAAUUUUUCCCAAAAUUGUUCAUUAUCAUUGUGUUAGUGGCUGUGUGUGUUGUUGCUGAUUGCUCUAUCUCACAUUCACUAUGCCACCAAAGACCAGCGGUAAGGCGGCCAAGAAGUCCGGCAAGGCACAGAAGAACAUAUCCAAAUCGGACAAAAAGAAAAAGAAGCACAAGAGGAAGGAGAGCUACGCCAUUUACAUCUACAAGGUGCUCAAGCAGGUGCAUCCCGACACCGGUAUCUCUUCGAAGGCGAUGUCAAUCAUGAACUCGUUCGUGAACGACAUCUUCGAGAGGAUCGCGGCUGAGGCGUCCCGUCUCGCGCACUACAACAAGCGUUCGACGAUCACUUCACGCGAGGUGCAGACCUCCGUGAGGCUCCUGCUGCCCGGCGAGCUCGCCAAGCACGCCGUCAGUGAGGGCACCAAGGCCGUCACCAAGUACACCAGCUCCAAGUGAGCGUCGCGGCGGCGGGGUGGGACAACGGCGGCUGCUGAUUGACAAUCAUCAUCAAUAUACACCGAGUACCGCCGACCAACCAAACGGCCCUUUUCAGGGCCACAA